AUGUCGAACGAAUUAGUUGUCAUCGCUCGCCUUCUCACUCCUGGCGGAGAAGUCCGCGACCAGGUCAUCGAACGCCUCAAGAAAAUUGCCCAAGAAGCCCACGACGCAGAGCCCAGCACCACCGUUUACGCGAUUUUGGUCCCCCGAGAGGAUGACGGAACAACAAUCUUCGUCGCUGAAUGGUACAAAGACCAGGCAGCGUUUGAUUUGCACAUGAAAUCGCAGUCGGUCAAGGAGAUUCUGGACUGGGCACCGUCGAUUCCCUUCUUCGCGACGAACCCCCCUCACCUGACUCUACAGCCCGUGUCCAAGGAGUUCUCCUUCUCCAGGCCUACGGCAGGCACUCACUCCGAUCCGCACGUAAUUAUCGCCGAACUCGACUACGUUCCUGGCGGUGUCGAGACUUCAACUCCUUAUUGGAAGGCUGUUGUUGAUACGGGCAGAGAUAAGGAGGACGGGACAUUACUGUAUGGGCUCUUGAAGGACCCCAGUGCGGAGAACAAGCUGUACACGUUCGAGGCGUACGAAAGCCCUGAGUACUUGAAGUCGGUCCAUGUGCCGAGUGAUGCCGUCUCAGAAAACAUCAAGAACACUAAGCAUUUGAGAACGGGGCUGAAGCACAAUGUCUUGAAAGUGAUUGGAGGCUACUUGUAUAAGGAGUAA